AUGACAAAGAUUCAGAUCCAGCCUAAAUCGCACUUUCAAUAUGACCGUAAGCAAACUCGUAUGGAACCCGGUAUCCAUCUGGGCCUCCACAACUGGCUAGGUUGCAGCCGGGGAGCUGAAGCAAUCAACACAUACAUACACACACACAUUCAACUCUACGCAAAAAGGGACCGACCAGAAUCCUGGGGAAAGAAGGGGGCCACCGCCCAAAAAGAGCGAAGCCAGAGGAAGAUCAUAGAUGGUCUCGUCCAGGGGGUGCUUUCCUCUCUGAGUAAGGGCCAACGAGGGGACACUUCUCUGAUAGGAAUAGCGAGCGGCAGAAGAUUGAUAAAAACCCCUCCUCACGAGAGCUCUCUAGCCAUCUACAGCAAAGGCCGGACGCCGUUCUGGUGCUUGAAUCUGAUCGCAGCAUGUGGCUUUGGGGAUCACAGGCCUAUCUAA